AUGCAGAUGAGUCGCACUGCAAGUUUGAUGCUGGUGGACAUGGACGAGUUCUGUGCGGAAGCGGAAGCGGAGGAGUCACAUCUCGUGGAAUUGGAACGGGAACGACUCAACAUGCAGCAGCGGCGUGUCGCCAGCGCCGCCCUCCUUGAGGAGAUGGCAAAGAUCACAGAGUACGCAGAUCCGUCCCACACGGUGAUGUUGCAAGGCUUCAACUGGGAGAGCCACAAGGCUGGCAAAGGAAACUGGUACGGCAUCGUGGAGUCCAAGGUGGACAUGCUCGCCGACGUGGGCAUCACGGAUAUUUGGCUGCCUCCUCCCUCGCAGUCUGUGGCACCCCAGGGCUACCUGCCAUCGCAGUUGUUCAACCUCGAUGCAUCUGCCUAUGGGAAGAAGGCUGCGCUGAAGUCACUUCUCAAAUCGCUGCAUGCGAAGGGCAUGCGCGGCGUGGCAGACAUCGUCAUCAACCAUCGCUGCGGGGACAAGCAGGACGAGCAGGGACGAUGGAAUGUGUUCACCAGCACCGGCAUCGAGUCCCGGAAGAGCUUUCACGGCAUCAUGGAUUGGCAAGGCUGGGCCAUAACCCUUGGCGACCAGUUUUCGGAUGGAACCGGGGAGCGAGGACCCGGUCACUUGGACGGGAAGUUCGACGCCGCCCCCGACAUCGACCACGGCAACAAGAAGGUGCAAAGCAGCAUCGCUAUUUGGCUGCGCUGGCUCCGUCUGGACAUCGGCUUCGAUGCCUGGCGCUUCGACUUUGUCAAGGGCUAUGGUGCCGAGUAUGUCGGCCACUACUGCAAGAAGAGUGAGCCAUCCUGGGCUGUCGGAGAGCUGUGGUUGGACAUGGAGUACGAUCACGACGGUUUGAAGUACAACCAGGAUAAGCACAGGCAGGAUACUGUGAACUGGAUCAAUGGCACGGACAAAGAGAGCACCGCCUUCGAUUUCACCACCAAAGGUAUCCUCCAGGAAGCGGUUCGCAACACGCAGUACUGGCGGCUCAAGGACUCAAACGGCAAGCCUCCAGGCCUCUUGGGCUGGAUGCCGACACACGCCGUGACCUUCCUCGACAACCACGACACAGGGAGUACCCAGGGUCACUGGCCUUUUCCGAACGACAAGGUGCUGGUGGGCUAUGCCUACAUCCUCACCCACCCAGGUAUCCCUUGCAUCUUUUGGGACCACAUCUGCGACUGGGGCGAGGACAUGCGAAAUCGCAUCAAGGCGCUGCUGCAGCUGCGCCGGAGGGCUGGGAUCAAGGUGGACGACAAAGUUCAAAUCUUGUGUGCAGAUCACGACCUGUACAUUGCAGAGAUCGGCUCUCCCCCUGCACUGCGUGUUGCUCUGGGCCCGAAGCACUCCGGCGUCGACGGCUCCUGGUCUCCGGGCACCGAGGGCGCAGACUAUCGCGUCUGGAUUAGAGCCUCGGCUGCCGCGUAA